AUGCCAAGAUCGAAACGUUCCAAGCUUGUUACUCUAGCUCAAACAGACAAAAAGGGUAAAGAGAACAAGACCCGGAUUUUUGAUGAGGUUAGAGAGGCCCUUGAUGAGUUCAGAUAUGUUUGGGUUUUGCAGUUGGAUGAUGUGAGAACCCCAGUCUUACAAGACAUCAGAUCUGAUUGGAUUGGUUCUAAGUUGUUGUUGGGUAAGAGAAGAGUUUUGGAGAAAGCACUCGGUGAUACCCCAGAAGAAGAAUACAAAGACAACUUACACAGAUUGUCGAAACUUUGUAAUGGUGUUUCUGGCUUAUUGUUCACCAACGAGACCCCAGAAACUGUCCUGGCAUAUUUCACUGCAUACACGAAGGCUGAUUACUGCAGAGCUAAGUCAAAGUCCCCAAUUGACUUCACUAUACCAGAAGGCAUCAUUUACUCUAGAGGUGGCCAACUUCCAAUUGAAGAAGACAUCCCGAUGUCCCAUUCUUUGGAGGAAACCAUGAGAAACAAGUACAAGAUCCCCACCAAGAUCAAAUCUGGAAAGAUUUUCCUCAACGAACCACAUCAUGUGUGCUCAAAGGGAGACACCUUGAAUGUGACACAGGCUCUAAUCUUGAAACAAUUUGGAGUUGCUGCAUCUGAGUUUAAGGUUAAGACUAUCGCUUACUUCGAUGGUGAAAGUUCGGAGGUAACCAAGCUCGAAUAG